UAGAACAACAUGCGUGCUUCUCUCCUCUCGUUCCUCUUCUUCUGCUCCUCUCUCUAUUGCGCCAAAGCAGCUAGCGUUUACAUUGGUGCGCUGGUAAACACCGAGUCUCGCGUCGGGAGAGAGAAGAAGGUGGCAAUUGAGAUUGCAGCCCGACACUACAACUCUUCUUCUUCAUCGCUUCUUCUAAGUGUCAGAGAGUUUAGCAGCAGCGCCGACCCCCUCGAAAUAUACACGAAAGCUCAAGAUCUCAUGAACUGGGGAGCAGAAGCAAUCAUCGGUGCGGGGACAUGGCCGGAGGUCGCGGUCUUGGCAAGACUUGGCAGCACUGCAAGAAUUCCAGUAAUCUCUCUCGCCACGACACCAACCCCCUUGUCACCGAUGCCUUUCUUGGUUCGGAUGUCGUAUCCGAACUCCGGCGAGGCGCGCUGCCUCUCUGACGUCGUGAGAUCAUACAACUGGAGGAGAGUCAUAGUACUGUACGAAGAUGAUAGCUAUGGCAGCAUAUCUGGAGUCCUCCCUCUCCUUUCUGAUGCGCUUCGAGCCGGUGGUUCUCGGGUCGACCACCAUAUAGCAUUCCCACCAUGGCACACGGUCUCCGAUGACGACGCAGCGGACACAGUUCGCCAGAAGCUGAAGCACGUCCCUCCACAGCUAUCGAAGGUGUUCAUCGUCCUGCGAUCCUCACCAGAGCUGGCCGUCCAUCUGUUCAAGGAGGCAAAGCUGCUGGGGAUGAUGGCAAAGGGUCACGUAUGGAUUGUGAAUGACGACAUCACCGCCCUCCUCGACUCCACCGAUCUCAGCUCCUCCUUCAUCUCUUCUUACAUGCAAGGUGUGAUAGGAAUCAGUACCUACGUCAACACGACCACCAGCUUCUUCCACGACUUCUCUUCGGAAUUCCAGCAAAGAUUCGACCAAGAGUACGGAACAAAGGGUAAGCAACCGGGGAUGCAUGCGGUCCGAGCGUACGACGCGGUGCAUGUUCUGGCUCAUGCGGCAGCAGAAAGGGCCGAGAACAGAAGCAGCAUCGCGUUGUUGGAAGGUGUCCUACUGGGCAAUUUUUCUGGGUUGAGUGGCUCCAUAAGCUUCACAAGAGAGGGGAGCUUGCCUGAGGACGGGAGACGAAACUCGGCUUUCCGUGUCCUAAACGUAGUAGGAAGGAGUUACAGGGAGCUAGGGUUUUGGUCAGAGGGAUAUGGUUUCUUCGAGGAGGAGACGGAGAUGGGGCAUGGGAGGCCGGUGGUGGAUGUCCUGCGUCCGGUGUUCUGGCCAGGAGGCGCGGAGAGGACCCCAGGUGGGUGGGGCAUGCUAAGGAUCGGAGUACCCAAUCACACGACCUUCGAUCAAUUCGUGAAGGUGGAAUACGAUGACAGUACUGGGAAGGUGAAGGGGGUAACCGGAUUCUGCAUUGACGUCUUUCGGGAGAUUCUGAAACACUUGAGCUAUGAUCUGUAUUACGAGUUCAUACCUUUCGCUGGCUCCUACGAUGAUCUCGUGAAUCGGGUCCCUUUGCAGGUAAUCGAUGCAGCGGUGGGGGACAUAACGAUCCUGGCAAAACGGGCAAUGGAUGUCUCGUUCACUGAGCCGAUUCUCUCAUCAAGCCUUGCAAUGAUGGUGCCCUUGAGACCCAACCACACGCCAUGGAUGCUCAUAAAGCCAUUCACGAGAGACGUGUGGUUCCUUAUCCUUGCCACCCUGAUCUACACCGCAGGCGUUUUGUGGUACCUCGAACGCGACAGUAAUCCCGAGUUCCACGGCACUUGGUGCGUCCAGCUCGGAGCUGCGCUGUGGCUAAUUUUCUCCACCAUCUUCUUCGCCCAUGGAAGGAUCCACAGCUACUACACGAAAACGGUGAUGGUUGUGUGGCUGCUUGUGGUCUUCAUCUUGACAUCCAGCUUCACAGCGAACCUCAGCUCCAUACUAGUUACUGAGAAACUUGGAGCGGUGCCACCAGGAAGUAGGGUUGGCUAUGAUGGCAGCGCCUUUCUUCUCAAGUACGUGAAGGAUGUGUUAGGCUACAAGGAAAGAAACAUUGAGUGGAUUAGAUCACCAGAAGCCUUCAGCGAGGCCUUUAAGAGUAACAAGAUAUCAGCUGCCUACCUUGAGACGCCUUAUAUCAGGGUGUUCCUCUCCCGGUACAAGGAUUUCACGGUCAGUGGGGAGACACACAGGCUGGGCGGCUUUGGCUUUGUGUUCCCCAAAGAUUCUCCUCUGGCUGCUGACUUCUCCCAAGUCAUACUGCAACUAGCAGAGAACGGGGCACUAAAUAACCUAGAAAAGAAGUGGUUUUCGGUCGCCUUGUCCAGCUCUCCAACCCCAGACAACGACAGGAAAAAGGAGAGCCUAAGCUUGGACAGCUUUUGGGCACUCUUCCUGUUCACUGGUUGCACCUCGACCAUUAUCUUAUUGGUCUUCAGUGCCCACUCAUUUCUUCUGACUAGGGCCAGAGCAGCAGCAGCAGUAUCCUUUGAGCCCCUAAGACAGAGUUUUAAGAAGGUUUGGACAGCAACUGCAAAACUCAAUGAAAAAAGAGAGUUUUAAGAAGGUUUGGACAGCAACUGCAAAACUCAUUGAAAAAAGAGAGAGUCCUAAACCCUCUGAGCAACAAGGGAGCGGUAUGAACAGUCCAUGAGGAUGAAGGCAACUCUGCAGGACUCCAUGUACCCGAUGACACUGAUGACAACUGCAGACAAUGAUGUAUCAAUAUGAAAAAAGAGAGGUUCAAAAGAAAUUAUAGUGAUAAAAACAAAAUUUGUACCUUAAAGAGAUAAACUAUCUGUUACUAGAACUAGCAUAAAGUUGUAGUAUCCUUACCAACAAGAGGUGACUGAAGAAGAUAUUGUUAAA